AUGAAUCCUUGCUUGAAAACAGACAUCGCCCCGGUUACACAAACAGUCAACACCCUCCUCCUUCGCACCUACGCCCUUCUGCAGACGCCCCUGACGGGCGCGACCCUGCGCCUGGCGCUUGAAGCCGCUGACAAAGCCCUUGCGAUUGCGACAAAUUUUGGACGCUUCGACCUUGAACCCCGCGCCCAGCUCUACCGUGGACAUGUAUUGCGAGCAUGGGGUCGUUGGCGCGCUGCCUGGCAGGCGUACAUCCGCGCGGCAAGCGUAAGGGGCAUCGGGUUCUCGGGGACGGACAUCAAGGGCCUCACGCGAGAGUGUCUUGAAAUGAUGAGGAUAGAAGACGAGUGCGAUCCCGAGAGGAAGAAGAGCAUGAUGGAGAGGAAAGGCGCGAGGAUGGUGCGCUUCGAGUUGGACGAGAGGACUCCUAGCAGAAUCGACGAAGUUGAUGGAACCCAGUCCGACGAGAGUACUGAUGGGAUGUACCUGCUCCUGAAUGGAAGCGGCGAGGUCAUUGGAAGCCGUGAGAGCUUGCCUGAUCUUAGAUCUGUACGGGGCAGAGGUUCUGUCCAUCGAUCACCGACACCAACAUGA